UUUCGUUAUAAAUACUCAACGCGAGGAGCGGUUGAAAAUUUUCGUUUCGUAAUCUUUGAUUAGUCCAGUCUCGUGUCUUACGUGCGACGAACAUUUUGCAAUCGACGUAUUGAACAUAAAUUAUAAUUUUAACGAACUAUUAACGUACCUAUCUAUAAUUUACGUUGAUUUUAAAAUGGAAAGAGCCGAAGAUCGAGUUGCAAAAAUGUUUGCUAACAAAGUUAUUCUCAUAACUGGUGUUACAGGAUUUGUUGGAAAAGUGCUUUUGGAAAAACUAUUGAGAUCAUGUCCUGGGAUUAGUAAGAUAUAUGUUAUAAUCAGGCCGAAGUAUAAGAUGACUUCGGAGGAACGAUUAGAGAAGAUAUUUAAAUCAGCGUUAUUUGAUUUAUUUAAACAAAAUCCUUCGUCUCACCAACAAAUAUCUCAAGUGUUCGCCAUCCAAGGCGAUAUCUCAGCCACGGACCUCGGUUUGAGUACCACUGAUCGCUUUAAGUUGCUGUCUGAAGUGGAUAUUGUGUACCAUUGCGCUGCGCUCCUGCGCCUGGACGAGAGCCUGAAGACCUCGGUGUUGAUGAAUGUGCGAGGUACAAGGAGCAUGUUGGAGAUGGCUAAAAACAUGAGUCAUUUACAAUUAUUUUGUCAUGUUUCAUCGGCGUAUUGUCAUGUACAUGAAAGGAUUAUCUAUGAGAAAGCUUAUGAUCCUCCUGCGGAUCCUGAAAAAUUGUUGAAAUAUGUGAAAAUUUGA